AUGCACACCACACAAAAAUGGAGUACACCAUGUGCACAUGGAUUUCAAGAGCUAUUGGCCAAUAGCACCUCACCCUUGGCCUUCGCCGUUCUGUUUUUUGUGCUGCUCAUGCAGAUGACCAGGAAUCUGAGUGAUGCCUGGCUGGCGCAUUGGGUCACAGAGACCACACUGGAUCCCCAUUCGAAUGACACAUCGCUGGAGCAUCUGUUGGGUAACGACUCGGCAUCGGGUCAUACCACUGGCUUCUAUCUGGGCAUCUUCACGGCCAUUGCGGUGACCAAUUCUUUGGCCACGCUGGCCAGGGCCUUCAUCUUUGCCUAUGCUGGCAUCAAGGCGGCUAUUUUCAUGCACGAACAGCUCCUCAAGAAAGUCAUGUUUGCCAAGUUCAACUUUUUCGACAUUACCUCCGUGGGACGCAUCCUGAAUCGUUUCUCCUCCGAUACGAACACUGUGGACGAUUCGCUCCCUUUUAUACUCAACAUUCUGUUGGCACAAUUGGCCGGACUGGUGGGUGCCCUCUGAGUCAGUCUGUAUGCCAUGCCCUGGCUGGGUCUGGUCAUCAUUCCGAUGGUACCAAUCUACCUCAAUCUGCAGCAACGCUAUCGCCAUGCCUCGCGGGAUAUUAAGCGUUUGUCGAGCAAUGCCAUGUCCCCGCUUUACACACACUUUACGGAGACGCUGCAGGGUUUGACAACGAUCAGGAGCAUGAGGGCAGGUCCUCGCUUUCAGAGGGACUUCCAGGUGAAGCUGGAGGAGAGUAUCAAGGCGCAAUUGACGCAGUCAGCGGCUCAACAGUGGCUGGCCCUGCGUAUGCAGUUGCUCGGCACGCUACUGGUGGGUGGUGCGGGUCUCCUAGCCGCCAUUACAGCCUCGCAUGCAACGAAUCCCGGUCUGGUUGGGCUGUGUAUCUCCUAUGCUCUCUCGAUUACGGGACAGCUGGGGGAUCUGCUGCAUGCAGUGGCCGAAACGGAGCAGGAACUGGUUGCCGUCGAACGUGUGGAUCAGUAUCUGCAGUUGGAGGGCGAACAGAAUGCCUUGGGCAGUGCAGAUCCUCCAUUUGGCUGGCCCACACAGGGCGUCCUCCGCUUUCAGGAGGUUCAAUUGAGCUACAGGGAGCAUCUGAUACCGGCCCUGCGUGGCAUCAGCUUCGAUACGGAGGCGUUCGAGCGCAUUGGCAUUGUGGGGCGCACUGGUGCGGGCAAGACGUCUGUUCUGGCUGCCCUGCUGCGUGUGGCACCGCUCUCCCAGGGAGAGAUACGACUGGAUCAGGUGAAUCUAAAGACUUUGCCGUUGAGUGUACUUCGGGAGAGAAUAGGAGUCAUCACCCAAGAGCCUUUCCUCUUCGAAGGAACUGUGCGGGAAAAUCUGGACCCCCGUCAUGGCUUCUAUGACUCGGAGAUCUGGCAUGCCGUCAAAAACUCGGCGGCGGCUACGCUGUUGGUGCAACAGCUGGGAGGCCUGGAUGGUCGCGUAGAGCAGUGCGGCAAUAAUUUAUCUGCUGGACAGCGGCAGCUUCUAUGUCUCGCUCGAGCAUUGCUGAAGAACGCCAAAGUUGUGUGCAUCGAUGACGGCACCUCCAAUUUGGACGAUGAAUCCGAUCUGUGCAUGCAGCAGGCGCUACGCAAUGCCUUCAAGAGCUGCACUUUGCUGUUUAUAGCCCAUCGGUUGCGUGGCCUGCAGGCCAUGGAUCGCAUUAUUGUCCUAGACGAUGGUAGGAUCUGUGAGGAGGGCAAACCGCAGGAGUUGGCCCAUAAUACAGCGACCAUUUUCCAUGGCAUGUUAGUGGCCCAGGACAUCAGUCCCGAGGAUUUUACUAGGCUGGAUUAGGACACACGAAAAACGAUUGUGAGGAUACUAGCUAAUGUUAGGUAUCCUUGUAAAUAUGUCGAUACUACUUGUACAAUUCUCGAUUGUAUUAUUUUUUUAGUUAAUAUUUAAUUUGUUUUAAGCGAUUCACCAUGAAUCACCAUAAUCCAACGAGUUCCGAUUGCAAAUAUAACAAUAUUUUGUUUUUAGUUUUAUUUCUAAAUUUAUUUAAGCCAAAUAUCAAUUUAACAAUUUUAAUUAUA